AUGGCCUCGAACGACCAUACAAUUAGCGACGGAGGAACUCUCCAUGGAGAAGCUGACCCAGCCUUGGCUACUAAUAGAGACUUUGAGGAGAAUGAGCGUCGCCCUUCUCGUCAGAUCUACGGUCUCUCGCCAGCUAACUCGGACUCACAAACUACGGCUAGUCGCACCGAGCAGACAAAAGAGGAUUACUACGCGCUCAAGGAGAAGUUCGAGGCUCCAAAGUGGGCAGAUAAAGUACAUCAGAUUGCCGUACUGAGGUAUGGAGUCUUGUAUCUUGGAAGGAAGUGGCUAGAUGAUCUGGCGAAUUGGGAGACUAUUCUCCUUGCGGUCAAAGAGCGGAUUUUAAAGGUGAACAAAUAUCUGGAGUUGCAAGAGGAGUUUGAGGGGUCGGACACGGAAAGCGAGUAG